AUGAUUACCUUUCCCAAGCCACCUCAUAAAGCUUCUAAGCAAGCGAAUUUAAAUAAACCAAAAGAAUCAACUUGGAUUUCAUUAUCAAUUAAGCCUGAGCUCGAUCCAAAAUUUGUGCGCAAAAGCAAAAAGUUUCUAAAAACAAGGGACCGAAAUUAUGAUCUAGUGCAUCUUCAGCCUAAAAAUAGAACUCACUUAAGAACUAGAACAUGCAUAGAACUAAAACCGUUAAAAAAUAAAGAAAAAGUGAACUCUCCGCUAUCUACAACUCCUAGUCUUUCUCCUCCAAAAACUAUAAGAGCAAAUUUAAACUCUUUAAUAGAGCUCCCUACAUCUUCAAGCCCUGAGCUUACAUCAUGUAGAAGGGUAAGACGGUCAAAUACCUUAAAAUCUAUAUCUCCUCGAACAGAUUAAAUUAAAUUAAAUUAACAGCUUUGUUUAAAGACGGCUGAGGAUUUCCACCUCUAAAAGUUAUCCACAUCAGUUAAGAAGGCCUGACUGACACCAUCUACCUCACUUAGGCAUCAGCUACCUGGCCUGCUUCCGGGGCGUCCGUUCACUAUCAGCUGGAGCCUGGGGCGUAACUCCCAGUUCACGCUAGGCACCUGCUGUCUUCAGGGUCCCUAAUUCGAGUAAGGAUCAUAGCUAAUCUCGGGGACGAUGCCGACUGUGCCCUUUCCAGCUCCGUGUAAGAAGGAAAAAUCCUAUGUCCCAGGUAUCAUAUCCUGUGGCACGAGAAAAAAACCUCUGCCGGAAUACAUUAUGGAUACUGGGCCUGCAUCUCAACUUGGUUCCUCCACCUAGCUGUUUCCAGCAGGUGUUGAGGAAAUUGCGUCAAGAGGGCGGGUGAUCGCCUCCACUAUUUAAUGUUUAUCCUCGCACAGAUAAUCAAGAGCUUGAGAGCAUUAUUUCUGGUGCAAGUCAGCUGCAUUCACAAACCCGAUCUUUAAAGCGACAUUUCUCGUUGAAAUUCUUUAAUAUCCAAAAAGAUUUCCGAAAAUUCAAUAAAUUUUUGGAAUUCGCAGAUUAA